AUGACAUCGACGCGCACCAAGCAGGCUGCCCGCAGACGCAAGCGCGAGGAUGAUGCGGAGGAAUACAAUUCGGACGGCGGGUUUGUGGUAGAUGAAGACACAGAGGAUGCGCCCAAAGCGAAGAAGUCCAAGACAUCAACCAAGUCGGCUGCAGCACCUAAGUCGGCCGCAGAGUUCGGCAUGCAGAAGGACGACAACGGCGACGAAUUCUGGGAGAUCUCCGGCAAGCGUCGCGUCACUAUCUCCACCUUCAAGGGCAAGAGCAUGGUCAACAUACGAGAGUACUACGAAGCGAACGGCAAGAUGUUGCCGGGCAAGAAGGGUAUCACCAUGUCAAUCGAGCAGUACAAUGCGGUUGUCGAGCUCCUUCCAGAAAUUGAGACUGUCCUUACGGGGAGAGGCGAGAAGGUGCUCAGGCCGAAGUACGGCGGCAAUGCUGGAAUCGCGCAAAAGGACGAGGUGGACGAGGUUUCCCAAGCUGGGGAUCAGCUUGAUAGCAAGAAGAACUUCGAGGCCACCAGCGAUGAGGAUAACGAGGACUGA